AUGGCUUCUUCUACUGUCUCUCCCCUUGCAGACAGACCUUCUUUGUCCCCUCUCCUUGCUCUUUCACAAAACAGUACUCAAACGCCAUCUCUAGUAGCAGCAGCAGCAGCAGCAACUACCACAACCAAAGCAGCCAAUCUACGUUCUUCAUCCACUUCAUCAUCUUCUUCUUCUUCGCCAAAAUUAUUGGCGCUUCCUCUGGAGGUCUUGCGCGAGAUUCUUUUAAACCUAGAAGUCCGUGAUAUUCUUAAUUUAGGCGCUACUUCUUCUCAUCUCAAAGCACUUCUCAUCGAUGACAAAACCUAUGCCUGGCGUCUCUUGGCCCGUCGGGACCUGCACAUCUCCGACCCUGCUCCGCACCAAACCUUUUGGCACUUGUUUGCCGAUGGAGUUUCUCCCUUCCACUGGAUGAAAACUGCCUUUUGGAUCGAUGACCAGACGCCAUUUGGAGAGGUCUAUGUGUCAAAAUACGAUAAAUACUCAGGUGCUCUUUGUCUGUACAAACUGUUAUCUAGGAAAAUUGACGAUGCUCCAGACCAAAAUCCCCUCAACCAACAACAACAACAACAACAACAGCAACAGCAGCAACAGCAACAGCAGCAGCAGCAAAGACCCCCGGAACUCAUAUCAACAUCGGUCUUUCUGGCUGCCAUGGCUAACCAACGUCAAGCUACAGACCACCAAAAUGAGCAACAACAAACCCGGGUCCCGGCACAACCCCAGCAACUGUUAUCCCACCCAGAAAUAAUGCUUUUCCCAAACCAAGUGGAUAUCGUCACCUAUGGGCCCUACAUCAAACUCUCUCAAUAUACCGAGCGUGAUGAAAUUUCAGGCGCUUGGAAGUGGCGGUCGUGGGCCGAUGUAGACACCGGUGCCCAGGUCGGUCUUAUGCGAGCGACUGCAAUAACCCCCGCACAUCUUUCCAAGUCGAUGAGCGUAUGGCCGCCAUUCAAAGUUCCAGCCAAAGACCGGACGCGAAACACCAGCAGAAACAAUUUUCUAGGUCACUAUAUGCCUUUGGCUGGAGUGGUGGAACAUUCCAAUAGAUCGCGAAGCCCCGCAAGACAAGCAGCCUCGCCGUUGCCACAAGACUUGCCCAUUAGUGCGGCCACUCCAGCAAACACAACGACCACCCCGCAACAGCAACAACCUGCGCAAAAACCGCCACUUAGGUCGUCGCUUAGCUAUGAAAUGGCUCGUGGAGAAGCCCCAUGGACAGCAAAUCCGACUGGCAAUGACAACGAGACCCUGGCAUCACGGCCGGCUGCAACACGUUAUCGCGAUGGAAUCAGCACAUACUAUUUUGACUACUGCAGUGUGUCUUCAAGGCCUAACUCAACAACAACAAGUCUCUACAACUAUAACAGUGCAACGCGGCAAGUAGCAACAGCCCAGCAGAAUCAGCAACAGCAAUGGCAGCAGCAGCAGCAGCAGCAGCAACAACAACAACAACAACAACAACAACAACAACAACAACAACAACAGCCGCAAACCCCACCCUCACCAGACCUGUUUCGACUCCAACGCAUGACCAAAAUGGAAACUCUAUACGGCCCUGUUGAGACAGUUUAUAGGCUGGACAAAACUUUGUAUGAGCCCAGCUCAGAGUGUCCUUUCCGUGGUCUUUGGAUUUCAGGAAAGUCCUGUGAGUUUCACUUGUUCCAUCAGCCUAAUAAAAAUACUCUUGAGGCCAUUAAACUUACGGGAGGUGCUCACGUCAAAAGAGGCGAAUACACUUUUCUUGUGCCCGAUCUCAAUAGCAAGCUGCCAAACCCGUACCCGGAAUGGGCCCAUGCGCGUGUAGUUCCCGGAGAAGGUCAAGUAGCAGACUUUAACUUUACGAAUCCACGAUUCCUGCCUAUCCAGCUCGUGGUCAUUUCUCCAUGCCAAAUCAUUUGCUACUGGCCUCAAUAUAAGCUCAUGGAUGUCUACACGCGAAUCAACACCCAUGAUAUUCUUUAUGGGCCUUAA